UUAACACCCGCACAGGAUCCCACCCUGGCUCCGCUCCCUUCCUAUGCCGGAGCCCAGCCCCUCGCUGGCUUUUCCUCCGGACGUCGUAUCGGGGCCUCGGCGCUGGCGAAGCUGCCGGCGGGCUGUGUCUCACGAUGUUGGGGAGCGUGACUCCCCUGCCCAUGAGCAGCGGUAGGAAGCCCCGCCAGCAUGUCGGGGCCUUGGGGAUUUUGCCGCGGAGGCUCCCUCUCAGCGCCCGCACCAGGACCGGGUGGCAGCCCGUGCCCGACAUCACCAGGCACCUCCGUGCGAACACAAUGGAGGCUCCCAGCAGGACCACCACCAGCCCGACCCGCAGGGUGCAGACCAUCAUCCAGAACAGCCCCCUGGACCUGAUAGACACAGGCAAAGGGCUGAAGGUGCAGACAGAGAAGCCGCACUUGGUAAGCCUGGGCAGCGGCCGCCUCAGCACUGCUAUCACACUGCUACCGUUGGAGGAAGGGAGGACCACAAUUGGCACGGCUGCGAAGGACAUCGUCCUGCAGGGCCCUGGGCUGGCACCCGAGCACUGCUACAUCGAGAACGUGCGAGGGACACUCACCCUGCACCCCUGCAACAAUGCCUGCACCAUCGACGGUGUGAUGAUCCAGCAGCCCACGCGCCUCACUCAAGGGUGCACCAUCUGCCUGGGCCAGGCAACCUUCCUCCGCUUCAACCACCCCGCUGAAGCCAAGUGGAUGAAGAGCAUGAUCCCGGCAGGAGGAAGGAGCCCCGCAGCUCUCUACGGACUGCCAGCAAAGCCCGAGGCCCUGGUGAAUGGCAGCCGCCAGCUGCCGGCACGGGAGCCCAGCCACAGCUCCCUGGUGAGCUCCAUCGAGAAGGACCUGCAGGACAUCAUGGACUCGCUGGUGCUGGAGGAUCCGGUGUCCCCCAGCAAGAAGCCGCCGUCCCGCGGGCAGUCCCCGCUCUGCCCCAUGGUGAACGGGGGUGGGCGCUGCCUCCUGUCCCCCCCGCUGAGCCCCGGUGCCGCCUCGGGGGGCUCCAGCUACGAGAACGCCUCGCCGCCCUUCUCCCCGCUCUCCUCGCCCGCCAGCAGCGGCGGGGCCGUGCGGCUGCCGGCGGGCGUGCGGGAGCGUAAGAACAGCAUCACCGAGAUCAGCGACAACGAGGACGAUCUGCUGGAGUACCACCGGCGGCAGCGCGAGGAGCGGAUGCGGGAGCAGGAGAUGGAGCGCCUGGAGCGGCAGCGCCUGGAGACCAUCCUGAACCUCUGUGCUGAGUACACCAAGACGGAUGGCUCUGAGCUGCUCCCUGGCCAUACGGAUACCGGCCGGCGGGCACCAAGGGGCACAGCAGGGCUGGGCCGUGCCACAGAGGAGCUGGGCGUGCUGCGGCAGAGGGAGAGCCUGGAGAGGUCGGAUGAAGAGAACCUGAAGGAAGAGUGCAGCAGCACCGAGAGCACACACCACGAGCAUGAGGAGCUGGCGGGCCCACGCGCCAAGGAGGCACAGCGGCUGGAAGAGGAGCGAGCCUGCGUGUUCGGCCGCCUGGAUGAGCUGAAGGGCCGCGUCAAGGAGCUGGAGCAGCAGCUGCAGGAGACAUCGCGAGAGGCAGAGAUGGAGAGGGCACUGCUGCAGGGCGAGAGGGAGUCAGAGGUGGCACGGCUGCAGCAGGAGCAGGAGGUGGUGCAGCAGCUGCAGGAGAAGCUCUCCAGCCUGGACGCCAGCAUCCGGAAGGAGCGGGACAAGGAAAGGGCAAAGAUUGAUGCUGAAAGGAAGGAGCUAGAGAAACUCCGGGCGCUUUACAAUGAGUCGAAGAGCCACCUUGAUAACUGCCCUGAGUCAAUGCGGGAGCAGUUGCGGGAGCAGAUGCGAAGGGAAGCAGAGGCCCUGGAGACAGAAACCAAGCUCUUUGAGGACCUGGAGUUCCAGCAGCUGGAAAGGGAGAGCCGGCUGGAAGAGGAGCGUGAGACACGGAGCCAGCAGCUCCUGCAGAGCAGGGCUGAGUACCACCGCAGCAUCGCCCGCAGGAAGGAGCGGGUGGCUGCACUGGAUGCUCAGGCUGCCCAGAUCCGGCUGCAGAGUGCCCAGGAGGCUGAACGCCUGGCCCAGGAGAGGAAUGAUGUCCUGCGGCUCCUUCAGAAGGAGAAGGAGAAGCUUGCAUCUCUCGAGAGACGGUACCAGCUUGUCACAGGUGGCAGAAGCUUCCCCAAGAUGUCCUCAGCUCUCAAAGAGGAAACCCUCCAUAUUUCAGAGCCUUAUGAGCUGCUGGAGGGAACUAAGCCCCUGAAUCCCCCACUAGGAGCAGCUGCCUCCUUAGCUUCUCCUUCUGCCCACUCCUACCCCAAGAUGCAAGAGGAGUACAUGAGGCUGUCUGACGUUUUCAGGUUCUACAGCAAUGCAUACGGCUCCAGCCUGGACACUAAAGCUUCUGCUGCUGCUCCCGCUGCUGCUCAACACUCUUUCUUGCUUGCUGUGCCCCCUGCAGCCAACGAGUACGUGACCAUUGAGCAGCUCUCAGGGAUCCUGGGCAGUGUCAGUGCCCCUGCUGGUUCUCCACUGGGCCGUGCCCCUCCAGCUUCUUCAUCCUCAGACUUCACUCCUCUUCCUCCUCUGCCGGCUCUCUCUUCUCCCUCCAUCUCCGCAGAGAUGGAGAAGCAGCUUCCAGGGGGCCCAGUAUGGCUCCCGGCUCUUGAUUUAGAGAAGUGGUACCAGGAGGUCAUGGCUGGCUUUGAGACCUCCUCCCCUGUCUCUCCUCCUUCUUCCCCUCCUCCACUUCCAGCUAAAGCUCACUCUUCUCAAAAGCCUCUCCAGGUCUAUCGUGCCAAAAUGGAGGGUGAUACUGGUGCCCUCAGCCCUCGGAUGAAGAGUGGCACCCCGUCAUCCUCACAGCUCAACAUCUCCAUGCUGGGUCGCAGCCCGUCGCCCAAGGGUCCCCUGCAUGCCCCGAGCCAAGCAGGCAGCCUGCCACGCAACCUAGCAGCCACACUGCAGGACAUCGAGACCAAGCGCCAGCUGGCCCUGCAGCAGAAGGGUCAGCAGGUGAUUGAGGAGCAGAAGCGGCGCCUGGCAGAGCUGAAGCAGAAAGCAGCGGCUGAGGCUCAGUCGCAGUGGGAAGCCUUGCACGGGCAGCCUCCCUUCCCUCCCUCCUACCCUCCGCUCAUGCAUCACUCCAUCCUCCAUCACCACCAUGCCCACGGUGCAGGCCCACGGGCCGAGGAGCUGGACCACGCAUAUGACACCCUCAGCCUGGAGAGCUCGGACAGCAUGGAGACCAGCAUCUCCACAGGCAACAACUCAGCCUGCUCACCUGAUAACAUGUCCAGUGCAAGCGGGAUGGACGCAGGGAAGAUAGAGGAGAUGGAAAAGAUGCUGAAGGAGGCACAUGCCGAGAAGUCCCGGCUCAUGGAGUGCAGGGAGCGGGAGAUGGAGCUGCGCCGGCAGGCGCUGGAGGACGAGCGCCGGCGCCGGGAGCAGUUGGAGCGCCGGCUGCAGGACGAGACGGCCCGCCGGCAGAAGCUGGUCGAGAAGGAGGUCAAGCUGCGGGAGAAACAUUUCUCGCAGGCUCGGCCUCUGACGCGGUACCUCCCCAUCCGCAAGGAGGAUUUUGACCUGCGGCUGCACAUCGAGUCCUCGGGGCACAGCGUGGACACGUGCUAUCACGUCAUUCUGACAGAGAAGAUGUGCAAGGGCUACCUGGUCAAGAUGGGAGGCAAGAUCAAGUCUUGGAAGAAGCGCUGGUUCGUCUUUGACCGCAUGAAGCGCACCGUCUCCUACUACGUGGAUAAACACGAGACAAAGCUGAAAGGCGUCAUCUACUUCCAAGCCAUCGAAGAGGUGUACUACGACCACCUCCGCAGCGCCGCUAAGAGCCCCAACCCCGCGCUGACGUUCUGCGUGAAGACUCACGACCGCCUCUACUUCAUGGUGGCCCCGUCGGCUGAGGCCAUGCGCAUCUGGAUGGACGUCAUCGUCACGGGGGCCGAGGGCUAUACGCAGUUCAUGAACUGAGGGCUGGGCUGGACAAAGCUGGGCGGCACAGAGCUCUGCGGGCGCGGCCACGGGCCCGUUUUUUGUUUUUUUAUGUUAACUUUUUAAAAACAAUUUACUGGAAACGCG